AUGGUCAUUGAAAUUGAUCAAGACAAGUUAGAAUUUGAUGAAUCCUAUGAAGAAGCCAAAAAGAUCAAAGAAACAUAUUUUGGUGUCAACAUGGACAAGUUUAUUAAAUUUUUCGAAGAAGGAAAUUACACCAUUCCGACUGAAACGAUUCCAUUACAACUCUCGGAGGCAAGAGCGCUGUUGCAUCUCUGUAAACAACAUCACAAAAAGCAACCAUUAUUGAAGGAAGAAGAUUUACAUUCAAUUUCACAAUUGAAACAAAAAAUUGACAAGGUGAUGCAAGAAUUCAAACAACGGCUUGAAUUGUUGGAUACGAAUGGAUUUAUUGUGAAAUUGACCUCUCGUUCCGCCAAAGAUAUUACACCCACACAUGAACGAACGAUGAAAAUUUAUUCAGAACUGAUUGAACAUGACACGAAUGAAAUUGGAACAAUGAAAUCAGAGGAAAAUGCCGAUGAAAAAAUUCGAGAAUUUAAAAGAAAUGACCAUUUAUGUGCCUUGUAUUUUGCAUCCUUGCAAUGUAUGAGAGUAUUCAAUGCAAAAGAAGCUCUCGAUUUAUUGUCACAAAGUUCAAGAAUUGAAUACGAUUUAUCACUGGAUUUAACCUUUGAAGAAGACUUUUCGUUGGGAAUUAUUGUUCGUCCUUGGGAUGUCGAGAUGAGAUUGUCAUCAGAAUUUAGAGGAAUUAUUUUUCAAAAUGAAUUGAAAGCUCUUUCUCAAUAUUUUACACAAUGUUAUUUGGAACCAGUGGUGAGAGAACAAUCCAAGAUUGAGCAAGCAUGUAGAAAGUUUUUUCAAGAAGUUGCAAAACCCAUCUUGUCUAAAGAGUUACCAGAAAUGGAAAAUUACAUUAUUGAUUUUUCUGUUUCUAAGGAUGGAAAUUAUGUGAAAUUACUUGAAAUGAAUCCAUAUCUCACGACCACUGGAGUUGGUUUGUUUGAUUGGGAUACUGAUCGAGAAACCAUUUUUGAAAAUCCAAAUCCCAAUAGCUUUGAAUUUCGAGUAUUGAAAGAACCCAUUAUUUCCAGUCAAUUAUUGAAUAAGAACAAGCUUGUGAAGGAAUGGGAAGAAAUUUUAAAAUCAGUUGAGAAAUAA